UUGGUCUAACCACCUUCAGCUGCUCACUGUUUCCUACAUUUUCAUUCGUUUCAUUCAACGGGAGUACAACUGUGGGUAACACAAUUGAGGGUAGCCCUCAUUUUCAAUCUAGCCGAGAUAGAGAUUCAAGCACGGGCUAUUAAACAGUCAACAACAACAAACAAACAAAUAAAAAAAAAUAAAAAAUAAAGCAUUUGAGAAUCAAUUAAAAACAGGUACAAUUGGAUAUGGAGAGGUUUGUGAUUCAUUUACAUUUAUAAAUUUACCUUUGACACUUUUAUCCAACGUGACUUACAGAAAUGAGGAAUAACAUUCAAGCUACCUUGCAGUAUAACCUUAAUAUAACAAUUAAUACUGUUAGGAGUGUUGAAGAGCAACACUGGCUUACAGAGCUGCUUCCUCUGGUACAGAUCUGAUUAACUGAUUCAGUGCGGUCAACUGUGAUGUCCUGAGGGUCAGUGGGUUUUGUUUCCUGUGCGUUCCGUUUCCUGUGGAUCAGUGGGUUCUGUUUCCUGUGGGUCAGUGGGUUCUGUUUCCUGUGGGUCAGGUGGUUCUGUUUCCUGUGGGUCAGUGGGUUCUGUUUCCUGUGAGUGUGGUUGUGGACUCUCAUGGUCUGAUGUGUCCUGCAGCUCGUCUGGACCCGGUGCAGAGGCUGUUCCUGCAGAAGAUCAGAGAGUAUCAAACCCUCAGCCAGUCAGCAGAAGGCGUGCCGGAGGCGGGGUCUGAUGACAAUGAGUUCCAGCGUCGGCUGGCUGAGGAGGAGGCCAAACUGCAGCGGCUUUACGGAGGUUGUGACCUCACCAAGUUCCCAGAUUUCAACUUCCCCGAGCCCAGGCUGGAUGAAGACUCCACUAAAUAAGGACCUGACCAUUCACUGCACAUGAUCAGUGUGUGUGUGUGUUUGUGUGAAGAUACCAGUGCCUCGAUCUGGUCUGUGAGGCUGUGUGUGUGUGUGUGUGUGUGUGAGAAAGAGAGAGAGAGAGAGAGCAAGGAUGUAUGUGUGGUACUGUGAUACCAGAGCCUCUGGUGUGUGAGACUUCACCAGCUCUAUAGCCUUUAUGUAAACUGGGUUUAGGAUUUUUGGAAAAAGGGAACAGUUUGCACACAGUUUACACAUUUUAAUUUCAACACCCAGGCUCUUGUACGAUCUGAGGUUAAAAAAGAGAAAAUAAAAUAAAUAUUUUG